CACCUUUUGGCCCAAUCUCAGCUUGUUGGGAAGCAGUCAGCUAUGAGGCUCCAUUAUCUUCUAUUUGCAUUCCUUAUCUUGUUCUUGGUGCCUUCUCCAGGGGAUGCAUUCAUCCAGAAAACCAUCCAGAAAGUGUUCUGCAGACUACGAGGUGGCCGGUGUGCUGUGUUUAGCUGCCUUGCAAGGGAAGAACAAAUAGGUCAAUGCUCUAGAAGAGGACGGAAAUGCUGCCGGAUAAAGAGAAAAUACAAGAUCCAGAGCGACACUAUUUGGCCAUUUGGGGGUAGUCCUCUCAGGGGUGUGUAACAGUAAAAUCAAAGUGAUAUAUAUAUAUAUAUAUAUACAUAUAUAUGUAUAUAUAUUUAAAAAAUCAGUAGCUUAAUCUUUUUUUUAACAUUUUUGCCCUUGCAUUCGUAAACAAAUAUGCAACUAAGAUAAUCAACAAAUACAGUUUGAUUUGAAUGAAGCAACACCUCUGCAGGGGUCUACAUAAUACUUAAGCUCAUUUUCCAAGGGCCAAGGGCUUGAAUAAGUGUGUGUGUGUGUGUGUGUGUGUGUGCAUAAACAUGUAUAUAAAC